GGGAGGGGGCCCGGCGGACGGUCCCGCUGCGGCCGCGGCUCCCGAGCCUGCCCGUCGGGACUCCGGUGACGAGGGGCGGAGGAGGCAGCGGCCGAAGCCGGAGCGGGGGGCGCUCGCCGCUGCCCCGGGGCCGGGACAUGUCGUCGGCGGCGGUGGCGGCUGCUUCCCGCAGGCAGUCGUGCUACCUGUGCGAUCUGCCCCGCAUGCCCUGGGCCAUGAUCUGGGACUUCACCGAGCCCGUCUGCCGGGGCUGCGUCAACUACGAGGGCGCCGACCGCGUGGAGUUCGUCAUCGACACGGCGCGGCAGCUGAAGCGGGCGCACGGCUGCUUCCCCGAGGGCCGGGCUCCGCCACCGCCCCACGCCAAGCAGCCUCCGCUCUCCGCCAAGGAGCUCCUGGCGCAGCAGCAGCAGCUCGGCCACCCCUCGGCGGCGGAGGCGGCGACGCGGCCCCCGCCGCAGCCCCUGGAGCGCUACUCGCUGGCGGCCGAGCGGCCGCCGCCCCGCCUGGGCGCCGAGUACGGCGGCGGCCGGCAGGUCAACGGGAUCCUGGUGCCCAACGGCUUCCCCAAGCCGGAGGAGCCGCCCGAGCUCAACCGGCAGAGCCCGAACCCGCGGCGGACGCACGCCGUGCCGCCCACCCUAGUGCCGCUGGUGAACGGCGCCGGGCUCCCCGCCGCCAUCGGCGGUCUGGGCAGCCGCGCCGCCGCCGCGGCCGCCGCCUCGCUCGCCGCCAUCUCCGCCGCGCCCGCCCCCAUGGCCGUGCCCGUGCCCCAGCAGCCGGCGGCGGCGGCGCAGGCGGCGGCGCAGGCGGCGGGGCAGCCCGGCGAGCUGGGGCACAAGCGCCCCGGCUCCGUCUCCUCCUCCUCCUCCUCGGGUGGCGGCGGCGGCGCGGCGGGGGAGCACGACAGUGGCGCCAAGGAGAAGCGCGGCUCCGCCGAGAGCCUGCCGGCGGCGGCGGCGGCGGAGCUGGCCGCGGAGGGCAAGGGUCGGCCGGGCGCCGAGCAGGAGUGGCUGGCCAAGCCCAAGACGGUGCGGGACACGCUGCUGGCCCUGCACCAACACGGGAGCCACACCGUGGCCCCCUUCGACAGCAAAUUCAAGAAAGAGCCGGGCAUGGCGGGCGGCAGGCUGCUGGGCUACGAGACCAACGGCUCCGUGGCCAAGCCAGGGGCCCGGGCCGCCCGGAAGAGGAAGCCUUCCCCCGAGCCCGAGGGCGAGGCUGGACCCCCGAAGAUCAACGGGGAGGUGCAGCCCUGGCUGCCCACCCCGUCGGAAGGGAUGAAGCUGCCGCUGACGGCCACCCCCUUCAUGUCGCCCCCGCCGCCCACCGCCUCGCCCCACUCCAACCGGACCACGCCGCCCGAGGCGGCACAGAACGGCCAGUCCCCCAUGGCCGCCCUCAUUCUGGUGGCGGACAAUGCCGGGGGCAACCACGCCUCCAAAGACGCCAACCAGGUCCACUCCACCACGCGGAGGAACAGCAGCAGCCCCCCCUCGCCCUCCGCCAUGAACCAAAGAAGGCUGGGCCCCGGCAGGGAGGUGCCGGGCCAGGGGGCCAACGCGGCGGCGGCGGGCGGGCUGGAGCCCGUGCACCCCGCCAGCCUGCCGGACUCGUCCCUCGCCGCCAGCGUCCCGUUGUGUUGUACCCUCUGCCACGAGCGCCUGGAAGACACCCACUUCGUGCAGUGCCCCUCCGUCCCCUCCCACAAGUUCUGCUUCCCCUGCUCCCGGCAGAGCAUCAAGCAGCAGGGAGCCAGCGGGGAGGUGUAUUGCCCCAGCGGGGAGAAGUGUCCCCUGGUCGGCUCCAACGUCCCCUGGGCCUUCAUGCAAGGGGAGAUCGCCACCAUCCUGGCCGGAGAUGUGAAAGUGAAAAAGGAGAGGGACUCGUGACUCGCCUGCGCUCGCUGCCCGACAUCACCUUGAACUCGAACUGCUCGAAUUCUGUAUAUAUCUAUAAAUAUAUAUAUAUAAAUAUAUAUAUAUCUCCAAGACAAGGGAAAUGUAGACUUCAUAAACAUGGCUGUAUAAUUUUGAUUUUUUUGAAUACAUUGUGUUUCUAUAUUUUUUGAAGACAAAAGGUAUGUACUUAUUAUAAAGGCAUUUCUUCUAA